AACCAGUGGUUGGAAAUCAGUGUGAAGCGAGACAGUGAUCCGGUAACAUUACCGCUGUCAAACAGAUACAUACAGACUGUUUAUCUGGACUACAUCACCCGAGAACAACUGAAGCCGACAUGGUGACACUCAGACUCCGCACAGCUCUGCUCGCUGUCUGCUUCCUCUGCGCACGUUCUGUCUCAGGCUCCUAUCCCCAAGCGCAGAAUGUCACUUGGAAAUCCACCAACUUUAAAACGCUUCUGACUUGGGAGCCCAAACCAUCAGCUGAGUACUCCUACACAGUGGAGUUCUCUACGAUUAGUGGGAACGAAAAGAGGAACCCUCACUGUAUCCGCUCCUCUGCGACAGUGUGCGAUCUGACCAGCUCCCUGACCAGCGAUCUGGCUGACCUGAAGGCCUGCUACACAGCUGACAUCCUGUCUGAACCCCCGCUGGGCAUCACCUCCGAAGACAUCGAGGCCCCCCACAGCAGCUCGCCACGAUUUUGCCCUUACAAAGACACUGAUAUAGGCAAACCUGACUUCAAGCUGGAGGUCAGUGAAGACAAAAAGAAGACCACCCUGUAUGUGACUGACCCACUCACCGCCCUGUUUAAAGAUGACCAGCAGCUGACCAUCAGGGAUAUCUUCUCAAGCGAACUUGAGUAUAAGGUCACCUAUCGGAAAAACAGGAGCACCGGCAAGAAGGUGUACAACUCCAAGACCAGCACGAUAGAGCUGACCAAUCUGGACCGAGGGGAGAGCUACUGCUUCAACGUACAGGCCUACAUCCCCAGCCGCAAUCCCGACAAGCAGCUGGGAGAGCUGAGCCUCACUCAGUGCUCUACCGACGACAACAAGUCCAUCUUAGAAGAGUUUUCAGUGGGUUCGAUCGCUGCUGCCAUCUUUUUCAUCCUGCUGAUGAUCGGCCUAAUCAUUGCUGUCACAGUGGUGUGCUGCAGGCGCGUGAAAAAAGCUCAGAGAAGAGGAAAACAAGUGCCACUCCAGGAUGCAUAGAGACACCUGCAUUAGUGUGGGAACAUGCGGUACAACUGAACUGAGCCUGUGUCAGAUUUAGUUUAACAUUCCACUGUCAGACACUGGAAUCAAUCCUUCCUUUGGCUUCUGUGAAACUGCCUCUGAAUGUGUCAGACAUAUUCUUCCUUUAUCAUUUUAAGCUGCAGAAAAAGAGACUAUCACUGUUUGAACACUCCUGCUGUACUUUAGUCAUAUUGCUGAAGCUGUAAUAUUUCUUGUCUUUUAUAUUUGGUGAGUGGUACCUCUGAUAAUAGAUAAACACUAGCAACGGAUUUUAUUUAUUUCAUUUUAUAGUGUACUUUCUAACUUGAAAUAUUGUCAUGAUUAGGGUUUGAUACUGAUGAAAGCAACACUUUAUGGGAAAUCAUCAUCACCUAGAAUAUAUUAUUUUUGUAUCCAAUGCUUAAUUUAUUGUUUAAUUGUUCAGAUGAAAUUAACAUAUUUGUAUAUGAUGGUAUUUUUAGCUGUUUUAUAUUUUAGAUUGCAGAUUAUUUUAUUAU